GCGCGUGGUUACGACGAUGAGAUCAGUGUGGAUGAUAUUCUGAUGGUUGCCGAUACGUCUGAAUCAUCGAACACUGACGAAUCUGGUGACGGUUUGGAGAGUCGAGCCGAAAAAAUAAUCAGUAUCAAGGUGAGCAAUAAUGUGGUGAUUCAAUUGAAGACGAAACGUUUUCAAACCUUCAUAGCAUUGAUCUGA